CCACGUGUCUCUCCCGUUUCACCCAGUCCCCUUGGCCCUGCUGGCGGCCGCUCACGCCAUCCCCGGCACAGCCCUGCUGUUUGCCCAGCCCCGGGGCUGGGCUUUCCCAGCACGGCCCCGCCAUCGCUCUGCGAACCCGCCGACCAUCGGGGCUGGCGGCUGGGGCUCCUGCCGCCUCCAUGCUGUCCCCGGAGGGUUUGGUGGCCGCAGCUGCGGUGCUCAUGGGGCUGGCCGUCCUAGCUUGGUGCCUUUGGGCAGGGAGGCUGGAGGCGCCUGGAGACGUGGGAGAGGAGGAGGAGGAGGAGGAGGAGGAGGAGGAGGAGGAGGAGGAGGGGAUCCUCUUCAUGGCCGAAGAGGGCUCGGGGCACUGCCGGCUGCUGUGCAAGCCCUCGGCUCUGGCCCAGCACCUGGUGCGGAGCUUGGGGAGAUCAGCGGCACUGCGGGGGGGUCGCUGGCCGUGGCCGCGCUGGCCAAAGCUCCAGAUGCUCUGGCAGCUCCUGCAGCCACCUGAGCCGGAGCCGGUGGUGGCCCGUGAGCUCCUGCAGCUGCCCGACGCUGGGGUGGUGGCCCUGGACUGGCUCGUGGGGCCGUGGGGGGCUGCGGGUGGCGGUGGGGGGGUCUCCAGCCCAGUGCUGCUGCUCAUCCCCAACGCUGCCGGGAAGGUGACGGGGGGGCUGCUGCAGCUGGGGCUGCGGGCGCUGGAGCGGGGCUUCGUCCCUGUCAUUUUCAACCGCCGGGGCCACAACGGCUGCCCCCUCACCACCGCCCGGCUCCAGCCCUUCGGGGACCCCGGGGACUUGCGGGAGGCUGUGACCUACCUGCGGUGCCGGCACCCCUCUGCCUCGCUGCUGGCCGUCAGCGAGGGCUCGGGCUCGGGGCUGCUGCUCGCCUACCUGGGGGAGAGCGGCUCCUCCAGCCGCCUGGCCGCCGCCGCCUGCCUCUCCCCCAUCUUCCGUGGCCGGGACUGGUUUGAGGCCGGGAUGCCCUGGCUUUACGAGUGGCCGCUGCUCCUCCACCUCAAGCAGGGAUUGAGCAGGUACGCGGGGGCCCUGGCCGAGGUGGUGGACAUGGACAUGCUCCUGGGCAGCCGCUCGCUGCGGGAGCUGGAAGAAACCCUCUUUUGCCGGACCCGGAGCCGCCCCACCAGCUGGGAGUGCUACUGGGAGCGCAACGAGCCCCUGCGCGACGCGGACGAGGCGGCGGUGCCGGUGCUGUGCCUCUGCAGCGCCGACGACCCCGUGCGCGGCCCCCCGGCCCAGAGCCUGCCCACGGAGCUCUUCCGCAGCAGCCCCUACUUCUUCCUGCUGCUGACCCCGCACGGGGGGCACUGCGGCUUCCCCCGGCGGCGGCCGGGGCGCUGCUGGGCCCACGAGGCCGUGCUGGAAUAUUUCAGGGCCAUGGCCGAGUUCCUGCGGACGGAGGAGCGGAGGAAGGGGCUGCCGCGGCCCCGCAGGUGGGGGGGUCCCUCCGUCGAGCCCCCCGUGUUCACCUGGCAGAGGUCCUACACGCGGUAGCCCCCACCCCCCCCCAGGGCAGGGUUUCACAAAGGCAGGCAGACACUCCGUGUACUAAAAUUACUUUAUUACAGUUGAUUUUUUUUUUUUAACAUUUCCUUUGCUAUGAUACAAAGGAUACUUACAAACAAAAUAUUACAUAUGACCUUAUUUUUUUUUUCUCUUCUCUUAUUUUCUGACAACUUGGUAACAGCUUUAAAUGCACAAUCUAUACAAUUAAUACAGGUUAUAUAUGAGCUAUAAUGUAUGUUGAACCAGAAGAAUACCAGAAUACUGACAAUAUACUGUACAUUAAGCCUUACCAGUUAGUGCUCGUGGCAUUUUCUACAAGAAGGAAAACGCACACCUGUAGAUUCACUCAUACCAGCUGGUGCUACCAGACACGGAAGCAGGAAGGAGUUUAAUUCCCCUGGUUAAAUCCUUCGUGGCCCAUCACCGUGGUGCUGAGCCUGGAAACCUCAGACCAGUGUUCAUAGUAAAACAGCAGAUAUGUGUGUGUUUUUUUCUAUCUAAUGCUCUGUGGCACAGCACGGCGCCAUCCAGGCUUGGCCAUACGUGGAUGAUGCCCCAGAGCAAAUGGCCACGGCCCUGGGGCCGGGCGCUGGGCGAGCUCUUGUUGGGGAGCUGGACCUCGUUGGGGAGGGGGAGAGGAGGAAGAGGAGGAGGAGAGGAAAAGCAGCAAUAGCUUUGCUGUCAUCAGCAGGCAGCUCCUGGGUUUGUGCACAUGAACAGGCGGGUGCCAAGGGGGGAAGAGCAAGCCCAAGGCACGGCGCUCCCGGCACGGCUCCGAGCCCGGCCGCACACGGAGCUCGUGCGCGGCAAACCCUCCACGGGGUCGGGCAGCAGCUGCCCUGUGGUCACCUCCUCACCAGGAAAGGUUUGCUUUUGUUUCGCAGCCAAAGCCAGAGGUGUGUGGCUACAGGUGUGCACUUCCCCUCCUCCUGCCGGGGUCUACAUCGCACUGAUAAGGUUACAUUUUUGUUUUUUAUUUAAUUUUUUUUUCCUUUUUAAAGCAACCAGCAAGUGAAGCAUUUUUUUAGUUGACUGGCAAAAAGACCUGGCAUUUGCACAAAAGCUGCAAAUGGAAAAGAGCCAUCCCCUCCUCCCACCCGCUGCAUCCCAGCCCAGAAAAAUCCCAAACUGUUGGCGGAAGAAAGAAAAAAAAAACACAACAGGGGUGGAGGAGAGGAAGGGGAGGGGGAACAGGUUGGAAAAUACCAGGUUUGAGUUAACAUUUCCUUGACUUCACACAAUGCUUGUGCAAAAAGAAACACCCACCCACCCCCCCCCCCC